GAGGAGGUGAGGAAUCCGGAAAUAACUAGGAACUGAACCCUGGGUACCUGCUGCUCCGAUCCAUAGGGGACAAGAACCCAGGAGUUGUGACCCGCACCAGGCUGAGCCCCCCAGAACCCCUCCUUUCCUCCCCUUCCUAGGGGGCAGAAACCCUCCCCUCCCCCUCCGGGCAGGGAGAACCCAGGCGUCCUGCCCCCCAUUCCCAGCCAGUGGGAGAGAACCCAGGAGUCCUGCACGCCCCCAUCCAUGUCAGCCCCCUCCCCGUACCCCGAGGAGGAGGGGCGGCCCCCCCCCUUCCUGCCGAUGCCCCCCGCGCUGGGCGACGAGUUCUACCCCUUCGCCACGGAGCGGCGGGGGGGGCCCGGAGCGGGGGCCGGGGGGGACCCCGACACCUACGACCCCGGGGUGCUGCUGCAGCGCAAGGAGCAGGACCUGCUGCUGGCCGCCGAGCUGGGCAAGAUGCUGCUGGAGCAGAACGAGGAGCUGCGGGAGCGCUGCCAGGUGCUGGCCCUGGACCAAGCGGCCGCCCUGGAGAGGCUGGAGCAGGAGAAGUACGAGCUGCGCCGGCAGCUGGCGUCGGGGGUGGCCGAGUGGCAGACGCGGGGGGCGGAGCUGGAGGGGGACCUGGCGGCCCUACGAGCCCAGCUGGGCCACCAGCGGCUGGAGCAGCAGGACACCAGCCGGGAGAGCUCCCACGUGGCACAGGAGCUGUCGGAGCAGAACCAGCGCCUGGCCGAGCAGCUGAGCCAGGCCUCCCAGCUGGAGCAGCAGCUGCAGGAUGAGCUGAUGGCCUUGCGGGUUGAGAAUCGCACCCUGGGGAUGAGCAGCGCCGAGCACGCGGCCCAGACCCAGAGCCUGCAGGCUGAGAACCUGAUGCUGCAGGAGCGGAAGCAGGAGCUGGAGCGUCAGACCCGGCAGCGGCGGGAGGAGACCGAGGCCGUGCAGGGGCUGGUGGAGACACUGCACGAAACCCUCCUGCUGCGGUGCCGGGAGGUGCACGAGAAGGAGCUGCAGGCCCAGCAGCUCCGGGCCGAGGCAGAGGAGCUCAGAGUCUCUAACAAGUGGCUCCAGCGCCGGGUGACGGAGAUGACGGAUGAGAUUCGUCUCCACGACUCGGAUGCCUCGGUCGCCUCCCUGCAGUCGGAGAUCGAGCAGAGCGGCGAGGGGAGCCCGGAGCAGAACGGGGGGCCUGCUAAGCUCCUGGCCAGGACCAUCUUUGAGGCUGCCUCUGGGGGUCCGAAGACCCCAGCCCGGGGGUCGGAAGAGGAGGGUGAAUAUGCUAAAAGGGUCUUGGCUCUGACCCAACUGGAUCAAGACCUGCUGAGACAGAAAGAGGUAGAGAUACAAAAACUCCAUGACCAGCUGACCCUGCAGCACGUGGAGCUUUGCAGCCUGCGGGGGGAGCUGGCGAACCAGAGACGCCUCUUCCAGGAGAGCGACCGGGACGAGACCCUCAAACUGGCCGUGGCCGACCGGGACGAAGCCAUAAUAAAGAAGGGCCAGAUGGAGCUGGAGCUGGCCCAGGUCUCUCUGGAGCGGGACUCCAUGAGCCAACAGCUGCUCGCCGCCAUCCGCCAGAAGAUGGCGCUGUCCCAGGAGCUGGAGGGCUGGCAGGACGACAUGGAGUUCAUUAUCAAGCAGCAGCUGAAGCUCCAGUGGCAGCAAGAAGGGAUCCCCAUGUCCCCCGCGGCUCCCUCCAGGACCCCGGAGCAGGCCAAGACCUCGCCUUUCUCUCGGUGCGGGAACAGCGCCCCCAAUGGCACCAGCUUCCUAUCGCUCUUCAAAAAAAGCUGAGACACUGGGGGCUGGUUCCGGAGGUUCUAGGGAGUGGAGGGGCGGAGGGGUCAGGAUGGGGUGAGUGGACACAACACACCAGCAUCAAACAAAGGAUGCACCAAACCAGCUGGUUACCGAGGUGCCAAUGAGAUGAGUCCUUGGGUAACUAGCUGCAAGAUCACUCAACAGGAGGCUCUAGGUCACUCAGCUAGAGAGUCCGUCCAGAGGAUUUCCAGGCACGCCACUGCAAGUCCCAGCUUUCCAAAACCGUCCCCUCUCAAUUGCCCAAGUUGAUGUUCUAGGUGGGUAAACAGCCAUUCUAGGUACUCAACCUCCGAGGUUUAAUGCUGCAUGUUGAACAAGCUAUUGGCUGCUCUAGGUUGCCCAAUCCUAUCUGACUGGAUCAUCUGUAGUAGCAGCCCACAGGUUUUCUUACUGCACAAUCUGUUGGCUAACUAACCAGCUGUUUACUCCAUAUUGGCGGGACUAGGGUUCUAGAUUAUCCUACUGAGUGACCUAUAUUGGCCAUCUUUAUACAAUUGGAUCUGCAGUAUUGACCAACCACGAGUUCCCUGUUAUCCUACUACAUAAUCUAGGUUGGCCAACUCUAUUCAACUGGAUACUCCAUAUUGAACAAACUAGGGUUCUAGGUUAUCUUACCAGGUUAUCCAACCCUUCUCACCAUGGCUUGACAAACUGGAUGGUGCUGAUUAGCCAAAUGAAUGUUUCAUGUGAGCCAAUUGAGCGUUCUAGGUUAGGCUACUGGAUGUGCAAGGAUACCCAGACGUCCCUUUCCAAAUUGACCAGUUGGAUUAUCUGUGGCGGUAACAGUUAUGGUGCGUGAUCCUAGCCGGGGUUCUUGGUUACACCAUUCACUCCAAGUGGAUGCACCAUGUUGACAAAGACAUGGUCCUACAUCAUAUCCUGUUUGGAGUUCUAGAUCAGAGAACUCACUUCAAGUGGACUCUUCAUUGCUGGCAAAUCCUCCUGCCCCUCUAUACUUCCCAACGGGAGAUUUGUUGUCAGCCAAUUGACAGUUCUAGAUCACCCUACAUCCUGUUCUAGAUUAGCCCGCUUUUCACUCCCUUGCCCAUGGAUCUCUAGCUACCAAGACGCAUUGCUCAUCUGUGUUUUUCAGAUGAGAACUCAGGACUAACGUGUAUAAUGUACAGACAGAAGGUGCAGAACAAGGCAUCUGUAAAAAUAUCUGCUUCAGGUUUGCUGGGGAGGUUCUAGGUGACUCAAUACAAGGCACAAAAGGUGGCUGGCCUGAACACUAGGAAGCGAAGAGAAAAGAGGCCAUGUAAUAACCCUCAGCACUGACCCUUAGCCAGCACCUUCCACUUGAUUAGCACUUUAUUAACACUGAUUAACCCCCUCAACCCAACCCCCGUAAACGGAGUUCCUACCCUUAUCCCCACUUCACACAGGGCAAACUGAGGCAUGGAUAGGCGAAGGGACUUGACCAAGGUCACACAGUGGCAGAGAAGAGAUCCCAGGAGUCCUGAUGCCCAGCUCCCUCCGCCGCACUAACCCACUAGGCCCUACUCCCCUUCCAUGAAGCACCCUCUUAACUGCUCCUUUGGGCGAGUAUUUCCAGCUCAAGCUGCAGAACUUGUGAGGUUCUAGAUUCUCUCACACACGCAGAGCAGGGCUCACCCCCCUCCAGCAGGGGGCAGAAUAUUUUGCUACCUUAUCUGCUCAACGUGCCCCCUGCACCUUGGGUUAUUAUAGGAUCAAAGGUCUAGCUAUCGACACAGGGAACAGGCUCCCGUACUAACCACGGGGACUCAGAGGCUGUCGGUCUCUGUAGUUAACGUGCUCGGGUUGUGACCAGGGAUUUUUCUAUCCCGCUGCCCUGUGCAGGUAUCAUUUGUGCCGAGCAAGUAUAGAGAGAGACGGUUACUAA